AUGGCCAGCUCACAACCGCAAGCGGUGACACAGAGAUGCCCCCAGCCCAGCCUGGUCAUGAAACUCAAGCUUUCAGUCCCGGGGGGCUCCGCCGAAGAUUCGGCGCUGAGCGCGGGGUUUAGCCUGAAAAAGGAGAAGGCUCUGCAGGCAGCCAUGGUGCUGUACGCAACCGGCUUCAAUGCAUGGGGCCAACUGCACUUUGAGAGGCCGAGGGAUGAAGACGACCGGGAGCCCGAGGACAUCUCGACCUUCACUUGCGUAUUGCAGGAUGACGACAUUGACGAGAUCCGUCCCUUCUUGUCUUACACUCGAGUCCACGAUGGCGAUCACACCUUUUACCAGUACCCAUCCAUCCGUCACCUCCUCGCCAACAACCCCUCCCACACAUUCCCCAACUUCCCCGGCAUAACCCAGCUAGUCGCCUUCGAAGUUGGUUUUGCCGCCCUCUCAUCAUCCGGCCGCGUCUGGACAUGGGGCGACGAACGCUACACGGCCUGCCUGGGCCGAGAGCCCUCUGACGACAGCCCCGCAGACACCCCCAACCCAGUCACCGACCUAGACGACCUCCCCACGGGCCCCAUCGUUAAGCUCGCCGCAGGCGGCUACCUCCUGGCGGCGCUCACAGCCGGCCACGACCUCUACUGCUGGGGCGACGCCGGGCGGUCGCGGGUCCUCGCCGACCUGUCCGACACGCCCAGCCCCGUGGUGAUCUACAACGACAACAAUAACGACAACAACAGCAACGACAACGACGACACCGGAAACAACGACGACAACGACGACAACCAGCAGCAGGAGGAGGAGGAGGAGCAGGAGCAGCAGGAGAGGGAGGAAGAGGAUGUGAUCGACGUAGCGAUCGGCGAGGCACACAUGCUGGCCCUGACAGCCGCGGGGCGCGUGUACGUGGUCGGCGACAACGGCAACGGCCAGCUCGGUCUGCCGGGACGGGCAUCCGCGUGGAGCUGGACACGCGUCGAUUUAGGGGCAGAGUCGGGACAGGUCAUCGGCGUUGCGGCGGGGCCGAGGAAUUCGUUUCUGGUUGUUCGUAAUACCUAG